AUGGCCUACUCUUCGCUUCACCGCAAUGGUCUUAACGAAGAAGCAAUGAGACUCAAGAUACAGGCGAUCCGUUUUCUUUCUACUACAACUCAGGAUGGGCAGAUGUCUCUAUUGCAUGCUGCUCAACAUGUAGCCACAUCGAUGCUCCUAGGAUCAUCUGAAAAUUUACUUCUAUCUGAAAGCUCCGGCGAAUGGCUGUGGCACACGUGGGGGGCUAUGGACGUAAUCCAAGCCACUCAACUCAAAGACCAAUCUUGCCAACUACUCAUCGAUUGGGCUAGUUACCAUCACACAAUUUCCCAAUUCAGCAUGCGUCACUGGCACCACAAAUCACUCGCCUCUACGUCGUCAAUCGCAAGUCGUAGACUCUCUCAAAAUUCUCUAUACCCACCAUUAAUCCAGUACAGACCAAACCCGCCUUCUUCAAAUCCAACAUUCGCAGUUCUGAAUCUUCUUUCUGAGGUGUGCAACACCGUGGUCGACUCCAGAGAUUCAAUGAGCCGCAGGCCCGACUACCUCAAUUCCGUCCAAAUUCUUCUACAAAGAUUGGACGACAUCUCUGUCGUUCCAGUCCCCACUAGUACAGACUCUGAGACUGCCUUUGCUAUUGAACUGUAUCAAGUGGCAACGCGAAUAUAUAUCGCCCGAGCGACAGCGAGCCCCUCUGAAGCACCUGCAAUGUUGGAAUCCCUGAUCGAUGCUUUGUUCAACGGACCUGUGAAGACGUGUAAUUGUCAGCACUUCUUCCCAUUGCUGAUCCUUGCUUGUGAGGCGAGGAAGGAUGAACAGAGGGUGGCUAUCCUCAAUCUUAUCGACAGGACGCAGCGAGAUUCGCGUAUCAGGAGCAUCAAGGGGGUUACACAUGCAAUCCAGUCUAUCUGGGUUCACCAAGAUCUUCAUGCUGAUGACGAUCUGUUGGUAAAUUAUCUUGAUCUUUUAAGCAUUGGGAUUAGCUCAGGUAGUACCAUCCCAUCAUUUGCAUAG